UCCCGCUUUUGCACCCUGGUCACUGCUUCACAGCCAUGUAAACACAGCUACAUUGAUUUCUGUGGCAGCAAGGUAGGAAAGUGGUGUGGCUGCAUGCUGGGUUAGCCAGUAGGAUGAGGCCAUCUGUGGCCAUUUCUAGUGAGACGAGAAAGGAGAAGAUGCCUUGAUGAGCUUGAGACAUGACUUACCCAUGGGGCAGGCGUCCCUUUAAGGGGAGAAUAUAUGCAGUUCUAAAGGGCUCUUUAAAUCUAGCUGCAAAAAGCAUAACAAGCAGUAAUGGCUGGAAGUUAAAGCCAGACACAUUCUAAUUAGAACUAACACAGUUUUAACAAUGAGGGUGUUUAACCUUUGGCACAAGCUACCAAGGGAAGUGGUGACAUCUCCAUUUCUUGGUCUUCAAUGCAAGACCGGACAAAUUGGUGGCAGUUGCUUUAGCCAAAUUAUUGGGCUUCAUACAGGCGUCAUUGGGUGAGGUUCUCUGGCCUGUGUUAUUCAAGAGGUCAGAUGAGAUGCACUAGGGCUCCCUUCUGGCCUUGACAUCGAUCACGCCAAACAAUCAAAAUGACAAGACCUACAGCAUGGGGUGGGGCAGGGUGCCACCAGCACGUUAACAUUUAUGGGUGUGACCCUAAAGACUGCUCAGGCCCCAAGUGAAAUGCAUUUGACAGGAGUCACUGGGUCGCUGUCUGACUAGUGGUCCAUGCCCCAUUUUGGCACAAUUCACAGGCGUGGCUCAGGGCUGGAAUAACGGGUGAGGCAGGAGGUACCGUAGCAGAGCUGUGUAGGGGAAUGCCUGGAAGAGCAGGGUUGCAGGUCAAGACUGAUUUGCAUCACCAAAGCACUGAUCAAAUACAUCCCUAGCAGCAGAGAAUGUGCAUGGAAAUGUCCAGGGACUGGGGGUUGAGACGGGUCCUGUUGACAUGCAGCAGUGGUAGGAGCUGAGAGUGAUUACACAAAGCCUGUGUGACAUGGACCAUCUGGGCCACCGUCAGCCCUGGUGUACUGCACAUGAAUGCCAGCCCUUCCAGGCAAAGAUGUGUAAGCCAUACGAAUAACAUGCUGAUCCCAGGCUUAGAUUGAUUGCCUGUCAAAUGCAGAGCCCGGCAGCUCCGGUCCUUCUAACCCUACCCCCUCCCACCUGGGGCCAUGCUUUUCUCUUUGCCAAACAAAAAUAUUUGCAGCUAGGGAGCUCUGUGGGGCUGGAGCCCUGCUGUGGCAUCGGCAAGACACAGGCACAUCUGUGUACAUUAAUGGGGUCCUACAUGCACCGCAGGCAAAUUGUACAUAGACCCAGGCAGGACGUAGACAAGUGAGGCUACUUGUGCAUACAGCGGGGACUGCAGACAAGCUCAGGGCAGCAUUGUCUGUAACCACAUGUCGUCCUGCCCUGAGUCCUUGCUGCUCCAUGCAGCUCCUGUAUGUAAGCAUGGCCGUCUGCACACUGUGACAGAGCGCCACCUCUGGCUUUGGGCCUGCCUUGUCGAGCCAGUUUAAACCUUUGGAACGUGUGACAAGGCAGGCAAAUUUCCAACCAGAGCAGCCUUGGAAAGGGUUAAAGCUGAAUUCGCUUCAGCAGAGUCCAACUGGCGUGCCCCCCAACCUGGCACUGUUACAGAUCCUGCCCCUUUGAAAGGCCCCCGGCUGUUAAAGUUUGGAAGGGUUAAGGGAAUCCCAUCAGUUUCCCAGGCCCUGGUCCCACCACCCACGUUAGAUCCCAAACAGAGAGCCAGUAUGACGGCCCCUAAGCCAACUGCUGAGAGAUGAGGAGUAGACAUGCCAUGCCGCCCUUGAACAGUGGCUCAUCUCCACCCACUGGCCCUCUCAGACCCCACCCUGUGCCAAGGAGCAAGCCAGCAACAGCCCCUUCUCUUGGGGUAACUUGGCUCUGAGGCACAGCGUCUCAGCUGUCUGGGGAACUUUAUUUCUCAGAGUGGCUUGGGAUGCAUGCGUCCGGGUUUGUCACUGCAGGCACCUGAGGGCCCAGAAAUACGCCCGAGGGAGAGGCAGGUGGGGUGUGUGUGCUGAUGACGUUCUGUAGCUACAGAUGGGCUGCUCUGGGUACAGAGCCGGACAUUAGCUAUAUUGGCUCAGAUUCUUAGCUGACUGCUCUGGGCCAAAGCAGUCUCUGGUUGCAGUAGUGAGCGUGCACUUGUCCGUCGCUGUCUAUGUGUCCUCUCCCCCCAGCUCUCGCUCAUCCCCUGGGUUCAUGAGGCAGAUUUAAUUGCAUUUUUAAAAAAAUAUUAAUUUUGCUAGCAGCUAUGCUAAUGUAAGUGCUGUCAAUCUCACACAGCACCUUCCCCAUGGCUUUAGCUGGCGCCUCUGCAAGGAGCUGGGAUGGUCUCUGUGCAAUAGGGCUAGCCAGAGAGGAAAUGAAGAGAUUAAAGCACACAAACCCUUAACAGAUUUAAAACCAUGGUAUUUCUUAGUAAUAAGGUUUAACAUGCACAAGGAUGACAAAGGGAAGCAUGAGUCCUUUACUCAACACAGAGUGCAACUAGCAGAUGCAGAUGAAAGGACGGGUUUGGCAAUGAAUUGGUGCAUGGCCUUGGAGGAAGUCAGUUUCUUCAUCUUUACAAUGCUGCUGCUGCUACUCGCACACCCCUAUUAAAAGGCUUUGAGUGCUAGGUAAAUGCAGGGUAUUUAUUAAUAAAUCAUGCUUCACUCAGCUUCCGCAGUCUCCACAUGGGUUAAAUAAAAGGAUUAGAGGAUUAGUAAACGUGCCUUAGACUCAAAAAGCUCAAUCUAUUUAGUUUACCAAAGAGGAGGUUAAGGGGUGACUUGAUCACAGUCUAAAAGUAUCUACAUAGGGAACAAAUAUUUAAUUACGGGCUCUUCAAUAUACCAGAUAAAGGUCUAACACAAUCUGACCGGAAGUUGAAACUAGACAAAUUCAUAUUGGAAAUAACAGUGAGAGUUAUUAGUGAGAGUAAUUAGCCAUUGGAGUAAUUUACCAAGGGUUGAUUCUCCAUCACUGACAAUUUUUAAACCAAAAUUGGGUGAUUUUCUAAAAGAUCUGCUCUAGAAAUUAUUUAGGGGCAGUUCUCUGGCCUGUGUUACACAGGGGGUCAGACUAGAUGAUCACAAUGGUUCUUUCUGGCCUGGAAAUCUGUGAAUAUCAAUCUAUAAAUAUGAAUCUGACAGCUUGUGAAAUGCAGGAUUAGAUUUCCAAGAUUACUCUGCUCAGCUACCAUGUAGGCACCUAAUGGAAAUGGCCAAUGGGCGUAUUUAAAAAAAAAGCAAGCAAACAAAAAUGAUGUUAGUGUUUUAUCCUGCUGCCCAGUACCAUAGUAUCAGAGCACCUUCCAUGUGAAAUCCAUAGCAAUAACUAUGGUCCUAGUGGAUUUCAUGGAGUCUCUGGCACUGCCACCUUCAUACGGUUGGGAAAAUUUGCCCCCAAAAUCAGCGAGACCAAAUACAAGUGUUUGCUAGAAGGUAAAACUCAGAAACAUUAGUUUGGCCUAGACAGUACCAUGGAGAAAAUUUUAUGAAUUGGUGUCACCAGAUGAACUGGAUGAACAUUAAAACAUGUGACAUUUGGGACAAAAUGCCAUGUCAUGCUGCAACAUUGUCAACCUCCCGCACUCAAAAGUCAUGGGUCAGGUCCCCAGAAAUCAGGAAUUUGACUUAAUUUUGGCUUGACUCUUUAGUGUGAACAUUGUCACAUUUCCACGUAACCGUGAGAGCUAGAGAAUUCCUUAAAAAAAAUGGGUCAGCCUGUUGCCCCUGGGGCUUUAAGGAAAAAAAAACAAUCCCCCACCAAAUAUCACGAGUCUUGCAAUAAAGUCAUGAGAGUUGGCAAUACGGCUGCUGGGAGAUAUUAAUGAGAUGGUGUGCAAGAUGAGCAAAGUAAUUAUCCUGCUAUAAUUAGGUAGAUCAAUCAGAUCAGUUUUUGAGAGCACAUUAUGGAAAAAAAAAUGGUCCACACAGGAGAGAAAAUGGCACUAAAACAAAUGUGGUGUCAGAGGUUGGGUAUGUUGAGGCUAAAGAACUAAAGGAGGGAGAGGAUAACUUGCAGAGAACAUCGGUGGAGGUUAUGAAAAGGGCAGGGAGAGAUUAUUCACUUGUUAAGAAAAGAACAAGAAGAAAUAAGCUUACGCUGCAGAAGGGAAAAUUAAAUAUUAAUAGGUUGGAGCGCAGGAAAAUAAGAACAGUUAAUCAAUGGAACGAACUGCCAAGGGAGACUGUGGACUCAGCAUUACUGGAGAGAUUGCAGGCUGAGCCCCUGUGCCAGCAAUAGGACUGAGUCUGUUGUCUCGACAUCCCACCAUGCAGAAAGGGGGAUUUGAACACAUCGCUGAAGCCUGCAGACCUUGUAAAGCCAAGCUGGUGCUGCAGGGCAAUGCAGCUGGUGCUGCAGCUUCUCCAGAGGCGUCAGGGUGUGGGCUUUAAUGCAACACCACUCGUCCAGUUGACUGGCUGCGGGAACACCAGUGCUGCUCCUCAGUCACUGCCUCUGGCUCAUGCCUUACACCAGAUUAACACCAACUGAUUCAACUACCCUCCUAAUCAUCCUCUCUCAGGGCUGGUCUACACUACACAGUUAGGUCGAGGUAAGGCAGGUUAUGUCAACCUAACUAUGUCAGUGUCUCCCCUACAGACUUGCUCCCGCUGAUGUAAAUGCCCUAUUACACCGACAUAAAAAUUCCACCUCCAUGAGAGGCAUAGGGCUUAUAUCGGUGUAGUUACGGUGACGCAGGAGCUGUGGAAUUGACAAGAAAGCCCCUCCCCGCCCCGGCUCCCCUGGAGAAGCCCAAGAGUCCCCCUGCCGGGAACCAGGCAAUCUUGAGCUGUGAAAUUGACAAGGCUGGCCGGCUCCCUGUGGGGAGCAGGCGGGGGUGAGGGAGGGGGGUGAUAAGCCCCGGGUGGCUUCCCCCCACUCCCUGCAGGCAAUGGGGAGCAGCGGGGGCAGCCCACUGUUAGCCCAGGAGCCUGUGGGGCAGCCAGGCUCCUGGCAGGGAGCUGCCGGCGGAGCUGAGAGACUGGGCUCCCAGCCGCCCUCUGCCCCACUGCCCCUCUUAGGUCGGUGGAAGUGUCCCUGGUGAGGAUGCACACCACUGACCCAAGGAGUAUCGACAUGAACCACCACAAUAAUUACUGUGCAGACAUACUUUCAGUCUCUGCUAUGUUCUCUGAAUUCCAGCAGUCAUGGACCACAAUGCCACUUGUUAGUGCUGUACAAACAAAGAACAAAAAGAUGGCCCUGCCCCAAAGAGCUUCCAGUCUAUAUUUUGGCACCAUUAUCAUCAGGCAUUUACCAAGUUACCCACCCCUCUGAGUGACGUAGUUACACUGACCUAACCCCCUGUGUAGACAGCGCUAUGUCAGCGGGAGAGCUUCUCCCAUCAACAUAGGUGCUGCCUCUUGGGGAAGUGGAUUAACUAUGUCGACAAGAGAGCUCUCUCCUGUCGGCUUAGAGCAUCUUCAUUAAAGCACUACAGCUGCAUCAGCACAGCUGUGCCAAGGCAGUGUUUUAAGUGUAGACUUGCUCUCAGGCAAAGAGUGACCUCUACAGUCACUGCAAAUUUGGAAGGAGCUAGUCUUAAUAAACCCCCAUAGGAACAUUGCUCCAAUACUGUAAAGAACAAGAAUGGAAGGUUUUCGAUAUUUUGGCCAUACGUGGACUUGGAAGGAGCAGGUUUUUUGUCAGUGAGUGUUGGUUUCCCCACACACACGCAAACCAACAAAAAAUAUUUCCAUCAAUAAUAAUUGAAAUGUACAGCUAGGCAAAGUAAGAGAAUUGCUGCUUAAGAACUUAGAGUUUGCCCAGUUCUUAAAUCAAUGAGGCACAAGACCAUGUAAGUGACUUGCCCGCGGUCACACUGGAGGGCUGGCUAAUCUGAGAGUUGAACCCAGAUCCCUGGCCACUAAACUCUCCUACUUUACAAGGAUGCCCAUCCCAUACUCAGUCAAGCUGUCUCAGCCACACUUACUUGCCUGGCUUCUCCUCAUAAGUAGACUCUACAUCUCUGUAGUCUGCUGGGGGAGUGGCUCCUCCCCCUCUGGGUCUGUGGGCAGCCAAGCUGCCCCACGACAUCUCUGGGGGGGGGUCGCCUGACAUGGGGAAUCAGCGGGGCGAUGGGAGACGUGAGCUCAGGCCUGUGAUCAGGGCCAAACAAACACAGUUACGGAGUCCCAGCCCCUGGUCAGGGCAGGGCAGCAAAGAGUCUCUGGCUCAGGCCUGCACUCAGGCUGAGCGGCAAACAGUCGGGCCUCCUAAUUCUGGCAGAGGGCCAACAAGCGCAGGCUUCUCGCCUAAGAGAUGGGGAGACUGCCACCCACGGAUUGGGGUGGCAGGGAGGACGCCAGCCCACCCACUCCACUGCAUCCCGGCCCAGGGCCCUAGCAGUGCCAGAGCGGUCUGCCACUGGGUCAGCGGGGAUCCUGACUACAAUGCGCUGACUCACUUGCUGUCAACAUUGCAGCCAGACAGCGGUCGGCUCCCCUGGGGCCACUGCCUAACUCCCCCUCAGGGUGUACUUGGCUCUGUAGAGGGUCAUCCGGGAAGAAGGCCUCUGUCAGCGCUUGCAGCUCCUCCGUGCUCGGAUCUGUAAAUGGCCCUGGCCAGUCCUUGGCUCCCUUGGGGUCUGCAGCAGCCUCCCAGCUCAGGAGCUCACAGGAGGCAUCUGGCUUCUUCGGUGGCUACCUCCCAACUGAGUUCUCCGGCCUGCCUUUUGUACUUCCGCUCCUGCUCACUAACUUCUGGCGGGAGGGUUUAGCAUGGCGUGACUCUCCCACCAGGGUUCAAUGAAGGGCUCCUCCCCCUCCAGGUCUGUGGGCGGCCAAUCCGCCCCACUACAAUCUCCCAGACAAUGCUGUGAUGUCAAUCAUCUUUCACACACCUGCUGGGCUUACAUUGCCCUUUAUUUAUUUAUUUUAAUUUAUAACUCCAGUAUCUAUUCGGAGAGUCACUCUGUGUUUAUUUAUUUCCAGUAUCAAACCGAUUUGUUGUACACAACCACUUGGCUGUGUAACUGUACUGUGACCAAGCAAAGAGCUCUGUUUCUGCAUCACUGCUUUCUUCUCUAACUAUAUGCUUUUAUAUGGGGGUACCUAUAUAUUUGCAAUUUGCAUACAAAGCAACACACCUUUGCAAUAUGGUUGCAUUUAAUGGCCCUUUGGCGACUGCCAGUAGCAAAAAUCCCCAACUGCUGGAGACAGGACACUAGAUGGGGAGGGCUCUGAGUUACUACAGAGAUUUCUUUCCCAGGUGUCUGGACGGUGGGUUUUGCCAAUGUGUUCAGGGUCUCACUGAUCACCAGAUUUGGAGUCCGGAAGGAAUUUUCCCAUAGGUCAGAUUGGCAGAGACCCUGGGGGGGUUUCGCCUUCCUCUGCAGCAUGGGGCACAGGUCACUUGCAGGUUUAAACUAGAGAAAAUGGUGGAUUCUCUGUAACUUGAAGUCUUUAAACCAUGAUUUGAGGACUUUGCUAACUCAACCACAGGUUAGGGGUCUACUUACUUCUGUGCCAAAAAAAAAAAAAAAAAUUCUGCACACACUACUUUAAAAUUCUGCAAAUUAUAUCUGUCAAAUAAAUGUGGAGGCUCCAGCAUGGCAUUGGGGAGCACAGGCCACCAGCUGCACAGAGGUAGGAGAUCACUGUGCAGCUCCUAGGGUGACCAGAUGUCCCGAUUUUAUAGGGACAGUCCCGAUUUUUGGGUCUUUUUCUUAUAUAGGCUCCUAUUACCCCCCAACCCCGUCCUGAUUUUUCACACUUGCUGUCCGGUCACCCUAGCAGCUCCCACCCCCCAGGACAUGGACUCAGCAGUGAGGCUGCACCCAACCCUGACACAGUGCAAGGAUGGGCCUGCCCCAGAAACACCCUAGGGCCUCUCCAUGCCAGGUGCGGGCAGGCAGGCUCAGCAAGGCAGGAUCCAAAUGUGGAGGGGCUUAGUGUGGGGGGAUCCAGGUGUGAAUGGAGAGGGUUUUGUGGGGGGCAAUCUGGGUGUGGGCAGCUGAGUGGGGGAUCUGGGUGCAAGGGGGAUCUGGAUGCACAGGAGCUUGUUGGGGGGUUCUGGGUGAAACAGUGAUGGGACUCUGCAGGGGGGUCCAGGUGAAGGUGGUUGAGGCUCAGCGGGGGGAGUCUGGGGAGCUAGAGCUCAGCUGGGGGGGUUGGUGUGGGGAAGCUCAGUGGGGGUCCAGAUGCAACUGGUUGGGGCUCAGUGGGGUGGGGAUCUGGGUGCUGGUGGCUUGUCUGGGUGGUCCAGGUGCAGGAGGAGUGGGAGUCGUGGGCGGGGUUCUGAGUGUGUGGGGGGGUGAGGCUCGGCAGGAGGGUCUGGAUGCAUGGGGGUUGGGUGAAUGGGGGAGCAGCUACCUGUACAGGGACCUCUCCCCCUGAAGCUGAGGAGCAAUGGGUGCAGGAAGGGGGCAGGGAGAGUUUGCAGAGCUUCCUGCAGCUGGUGGGUCUGACCCGGCUCUGUAUGUUGUGCAGGAGAAGAGGAAGUCCCGUCCUCUCCAGCCCAUAUGGGACUAGAAGCUGAGCCUGGCGCAGGAUAGGAGCCACUAGCCGGGUCUUCCCGAGUCCCGCCUCCUGCCCCACAGUGAUUUACCGCUCUACUGGCUACCCUGGGCCCCUGAAAUAUACUGCUGGGGAGGGUGGCAUGACAACUCUUGUAGCUUCCCUUUGCUUCUCCGUCAAAGUAAUUUUGUUGCAGGAAAGCAAAAAAUCUGUGGAGGACAUAUAUUCUGUGCAUGUGCAGUGGCACAGGAGUUUGUCUCAGGAGUAUAUCUAUUAUAGGAGUGGAAGAGUUCUGUGCCCUGCAAUGUACAGGAGGUCAGACUCAAUGAAGUCUAUGAGUCUAUAAUGCACGUACAAUACUGCAGACCUAUGGUUGGACACUUUUGUGUUGAUGGCUUCCACAUUUCCUGCAAACAAGUCUCUAGUCUCUGCUGUUUACUGGUGUGGUCUAGUAGACAAAGCACUGGAUUGGAACUACAUCACUCAAGGGUGUGGAUUUUUCACCCCCUGGCUUCUAGUCUCCGCUCUGCCGCUAGCCUGGCUGGCUGACUUUGGGCAAGUCACUUUCCCACUAUGUGUCUCAGUUUCCCCAUCUGUAAAACUGGGAUAAUGAAACCAACCUUCAUAAAGUAUGUUGAGAUCUGCUGAUGAAAAGCACCAUACAUGAGCAAGGUAUCAUUAUUUUAUCGCUAUGCUUUGUUAUGCAUUUUUACUUGGAGGUACUUCUUUCUGCAUUCUAAUACUCACUUGGGAAGUAGGGGAGCCCUACAACCAUCCACUGGCCUUCAGGGUCCAGCCUAUUUUUCCUAAUACCCCUGCUGUGAGCUGGUUAUUGGUCAUGCCACAAACAACAUGUUCCAGAGUUAGUCCACCUAUUGGCUAUUUCGUUUCACAGCCCUUUGCUUUAUAAUGCAGGUCUGUAAUGUGAUGCUUUCAGUAAAGGCCGGGCACAGAGGAGUGCUGAGUGAUGCAGCUCAUGGAGAUAAACCCGAGCUAGCUUGAAUUGAGCUAACUUUGCUACCGGAGCGGUGAAGCUGCCAAGAAGCCUGGGUGAUUAUUUAUGCGGCUAGCCUGCAUCGAAGCACAGGCUGCUGCAGCUUCAUGGCUACCCGUACCCAAGCCAGCUAAAUCCAAGCUAGCUUGGGUACGUCUACAUGUGCUCCAGUCACACCCUCUGACUGCCGUCUCAUGAGAUGCAGUGGGAUUACAAAAGGUUAAUAUCCCCAGUCACCCAGCAGGGGGCAGUAUCACUAACUGUGGUCAGAACUCACUAAUUCAAUACUUGGUGGAUUUUCUCCAGAUCAUGUGUGGUCUCCUUGCUGGGGCAGCGACCCAGGUGCCUGGAGGAAGAUUUUUAUUCUGAGCAGUUAAAAAAAACAAAUGGUCUUGUUAAAAAACAUGCUGAGCUUCGCACACCUGCCCCGGACUGGAGAAAGGCUGGUGCUGGUCAAGUUUGAGCAAGCCCAUCCCUUCAGCAAAGGGUUCAGAAACAUCCUAACCCACCCGAGUCCUCCAAUGAACACUCCAGCAGAACCAGAGGUGGGCAGAUUUGACGCUCCUAGAACUGCUAAGGGAAAAAAGAAGCGACAUUUCUCCCAGCCUCUGUCUCUUGGGGAAGGUCUUCACCGCAGUCAAGGUGUGUGACUGCAGCACAGAGACCCAUACCUGAACUAGCUUUGAUCUCGCUAGCAUGGAUACCAAUAGUAGUGAAUUCUCUACUUCAGCAUAUGGGGAACAGCAUAUGGGUAUGUACUGAGGUGGCUAGCUAGCUACCUCCCCUUACACAGGUUUUUUAAACACAGGCCUUACACGAGUAGAACUCGGAGGUUUAACCCAACUCAGACAGCAACUGCCUGCAUGACCCAGCUCUCUGCCUGCCAGCCCAUCCUCUCUUACAGACAGCAAUCUAGUGUGAAUUCCUCCCUCACAUCCCUAAAUACACUGAUUCUCUGGACUGGCAAGCGUGACAGGUUAUCAUUGGAAAAGAAAACCCUAGUGCUCCGUUCCCCUCUCACUCGCGCCGAUUUUACAGCAGCAUCAUCCCAUUGCGUUCAGCAGAGCAACUCCUGAUUUACAUCCAGAGGCCCCAACCCCACGUAGAAACUUUGCUCGAGUCUGAACACCACCGCACUCUUUGCUGAGAGUCCGGCUGCGAGCGGGAGGGAAGGUGGGAUCGGAGAUGCUGUUCCUUUAAGAAGUUCUAAAGCCAGCUCUGGAAGGUUCCUGUUAUUCCAUGCCUCUGGCACAGCAAUCCUCUCCCUCCCCCACCCUGAGUCCCAGCUGUAUAAAUGAAGCUCCAGUGAGCUGGCGGGCGUCCCUCACUCAAUAGCCAGCAGCUCAGGAAGCAGCUCUGCUCUCCCAGGCACUGACAGGUACCGUGUGCAGUGCUGAUGGGGGCAGCAUCCAUAACAAAGAUGCUCAUGGUUUGGCUAUUGCUGUCAGUGGGCCUGGCCCGGGUGGCUCUGGGGAGCACAGUUCAUCUCAGGAGAGCCAAUGACAGGAACGGUAGAUGCAUCUACUCAUUUGCCGUACCCAGCCCGAAUGAGGCCAGCUGUCCAGAACUGGGCCAGGCAACAUCAGCCAUCCGGGAGCUCCAGAGGGAGAGCAACAUGCAGCGCUCAGAGCUAGAGUCAGCCAAGGCCAGGCUGAGCCUCCUGGAGAACUUGGUGACCCAGCUGCACAUGGCGCUGGGGACAGGGGGCUCCUCCGCUUCUGCUGCGGAGCUCCAGAGAGAGCUGGACAGGCUGAGGAUGGAGAGAGCCCAGCAGGAGUCUCAAAUCAGCAGGCUGGAGGCUGCCUACAGCACCCUUGGGCAGGAGAAGUCCUUCCUGGAAGAGGAGAAGAGGCGACUGGAGCAGGAAAAAGCUGAGCUGGGAAGGAGGCUGGAGAGCAACACCCAGGAGACAGCUCGGCUGAGGGCCAGCCAGCAUCACCAGGUCAGCGAGGCGCCCGCCCAGGACUCCCAGCAAGGCUCCCAAGAAGUUUCCAAGUGGGAUAUGGAGAGUUUUGACUAUCAGGAGCUGAAAUCUGAGCUGACAGAGGUGCCCGCUUCCAGCGUCUUCGAGGAGCACCCCUCCUCCAGCCACCCUGCCACUGGGGACACGGCCACUGGGUGUGGAGAGCUGGUCUGGGUGGGGGAACCUGUGACCUUCCGCAGGGCUGAAACUAUUGCUGGCAAGUAUGGCGUAUGGAUGAAGGACCCAGAGCCUGUUCCCCCCUACACCUGCGAGACCACCUGGAGAGUCGAUGCCAUUGGCACUGACAUCCGCCAGGUCUUUGAAUAUGACGACGCUGAUCAGUUCAUGAAGGGCUAUCCCUCCAAGGUUCACGUCCUGCCCCGGUCCAUGGAGAGCACUGGAGCCAUCAUAUACAGGGGCUCCCUGUACUUCCAGCGGCGCAAGUCCAGGACGGUGGCCAAGUACAACCUGAAGACAGAAACGAUCCCAGUCCAAAAGGACAUCCCCAGUGCUGGCUACCAUGGCCAAUUCCCCUAUUCCUGGGGUGGGUACACAGACAUUGACCUAGCUGUUGAUGAGAUGGGGCUGUGGGUGACAUACAGCACAGACAAGGCCAAAGGGGCCAUCGUCCUCUCCAAACUGGAUCCAGAGACACUGGAGGUUGAGCAGACCUGGGAAACCAACAUCCGCAAGCAAGCCGUGGCCAAUUCCUUUAUGAUCUGUGGCACCUUGUACACCAUCAGUAGCUACUCAGCCCCAGAUGCCACCGUCAACUUUGCCUACCACACGGCCACCAGCACCAGCGAGCCGCUGAGCAUCCGCUUCGAGAACCGCUAUGGGUACAGCAGCAUGGUGGACUACAACCCCACGGAGAGAAAGCUCUUCGCUUGGGACAAUUUCAACAUGGUCACCUAUGACAUCAGACUCUCCACGAUAUGAGGAGCCUCAGGGCAGGAGGAGGACACAUCAUGCUCAUUGCUAACUAGCAGCUCGUGGGCUAGGGGCAAGUCUAGCCAGCUGUCAAUCUCAUACAUUUGCUCUUCCUAUUCUUCCUGAGCUUUCCUUAGACUCAGCCCUGAGCCCCUUACUCAGGCAGAGUGCUCAUUGAACUGGGCAAAGACUCCAGGCCUUGCCCUAGAUCAGAGGUUCAUAUUCUGAGAGCACCAGUGGGGCUCAAAUAACAAUAGAGUGGGAAUAACUUUGCGCCACUUGGGAACGUACGUGCAAUAGGCAUUUACAGCCCUGGCGUCAUUCCCCUUGCCUCUCUCUGAAUUACACACGGGAUGAAUUUGGAACAUGUAGAAAAAAAAGUAACAAGUUGUUCAGGGUUAUGCAACAUUUGGAGCGUGUGGGCCAAUUGCAUAGAUCUAGAAUGACUAAACCUGCCUGCGCCCUUGGCUAAAAGACACUGUGAUUCCAGCCAAGCAGACCAACCCGUUCAUGGCAGGAGGCUAAUAAUAUUUUAGGGGAGAGAGGUAGCUGGGUACCAUCUUCACAAAAUGGCUAAUAAAAACCCAGUGACCAUCAGCCAACCAUAUUCCUGCCCAGCAUCAGCUGAGACAAGGGGAAUGUGCUAUGCAGUCAACACCAGGUGCUAGCCAAGGCGGCGUUGACAGGAGCAGAUUCUGCAAAGUUGUGUCACACCCAGAUUCAGUAGGAGAACAUCAAGGCCUAAAGACUUAGCUCCAACACCCAAAUAAGCCAAUGGAAAGACUCCAGCUGACUUCACUGAGCUUUGGAUUGGGUCCUUAGUGGGCUGACUUGGCAGGGGCAUCUCAGAAAUGUGCUGCAGGAGUUAAAAAUGACUAGACAUGCCAGGCAGCGGGCACCCUACAAGAGAGCUUUCAGCUGCUGCGUAUAAACCCUUCCAUUGCCAGCCUCUCUCCUCCUAAGCACAGUGCAUGCCUUGUCGGGACCAAGCUUCUGCUGGGAGCCCAGCAGCCACCUCUACAGAUUAUCAUGAGCCAGAGAACGUGGGAGGAGAAGACAGGAACUCACCCAGCUUGGUAUCUCUGCAGCAUAAGCAACUGCUCUGCAGCAGCAAUUGACCAGUAAUUAAAGCAGGAGUCAAAGAUGGGCCCAAGCUGCAGAGAGGCCAGGUCCAAUGAUUCACACCUCACCUAAGCAUAGGGCCAUUCCGCUCUAGGGGCUUUGAGUCUGUUCAGCGUCUCACACAGUUACACAAUAGCAAUUGAGUGUGUGGGGCUCUGGCCGAACUAGCCGCCUACCUGCAAGAAACAUGGCCGCCUCAGUUCCCAUUCCAGUAAAGACAAAAAUGAAGCAUUACUUGUUUAACACAAUUCUGUUAAGUCAUUAGACAUUUUAGCAAAAUAAAUUUAAGGAGGGUUGUUCAUGAAAGAUGGGAUCCUAGAAUUUAAGGCAUGAUCUCAAAUCCACUGAAGUCAAUGGAAAGUCUCCCAUUGACUCUAGUGAGCAAUAGAACAGAUCUCUGUUUAUCCCAGACUAUGGUUAUUAACUCAGAAAGAGAAGCAAUGUCUAACUGUUCUUGCUGUUUCUAGCUCUCAAUCCAGAUAACUCCGCUGAUUACACUGUAACUUAGACACUCUUUGGGAUAGGCAUGGCAUUAGAUCAGGUAUGGCUAAGCAUACGGGUGUUUUUAAGAACACACACAUUUAAAGUAUUUAGUGUAUAAAUCCUGUAGCUGGCUUGUUUUUUCUGUUUGCUUUCAAAGCCUAAUCCAUGCAGGUUGUAUUGAAGCCUCCUGGAUGAAAGCGAAGGUCCAAUGUGCUGAUGAUUACGUGGAAGUAGUCUGUGAUAAUAAUAGAUAAUAAACCCUCCUCCCCCACAACAAUCCACAGUGGCAGCUUCUUGUUGGCAGAUUUCUUGUUUCAUUGCAACAUGCUGCAGGGAAUUCCAGGCUACAGGCCACCUUUACAGGAGAGUUCAGGACUCGAUUUUCAGGAGCUCAGCUCCUAUUUAGGCACUGGUUUCUAAUUUGAGCUCUUCCACAGGCUUGCUGGGUGACUUUGCUGAGUCACGUCCCUGCUCCGUGCCUCAGUUUCCCCAUCUGGAAAAUGGGGAUGAUGAUACUGACCUCCUUUAUAAAGGUCAGUAGAUAAGAGCUAGGUAUUACUAAAGCCAAGGGGAACUUUGCCAUUGACUUCAAUGGAGCCAGGAUUUCAUCUACUGAAGGAAUAUCACCAUGACUACAACAACAAAUGCCACUGUAGAAUAAGAGGAGGCAGAGAAAUGGAAAGACUUAAAUCCUGCAGUAGAGAGAGAGCUGACUGAUUACAGGAAAGCUGGGAACCUAACAUUAACUGGUUUAAAAAUAUCAGUUGAUUACCUUUUACAGUCAGUAGAAUAUAUGUUAGCUGUAACCCCUAAUAGAUGGAGCUUCAGAUCAUCUGUAUUUGAUUAUCCUGAGGGGACCUCCGGUAUUGGGGAUGGAAAGAAAUAACUUGUCAGCCCUUUCAGUAUA